GGGCGUCGCCAGGAAGCGGAACGGCCGCCAGCGGAAUCAGUUCCGGGUGCGAGUGGCUGUGGGAGCGGGCGGGAAGCGGCGCUGGGAGCGGGCCGGGCCGGGCGGGAUCCGCCAUGUGAGAGCCCCAGACAGCCCCAGCAUGUAACAUAAUAGAAAAAAAAUCCACUAGUAUAUUGUGAUACAUUGGAUAUGCUUCCUGCAUCUGAAGUCAAUGGAUGAUGUUGAGAUCUGUUUGUUCAAUUGGAAAAGCAGAUUACUCUUUACAUCUGUAGAAAUGGACAGCAGCAGUUUCAUUCAGUUUGAUGUGCCGGAGUACAGCAACACUGUUCUGAGCCAGUUAAACGAACUCCGCUUGCAAGGGAAACUCUGUGACAUAAUCGUGCACAUCCAGGGUCAGCCGUUCCGUGCCCAUAAAGCUGUCUUAGCUGCCAGUUCUCCGUAUUUCCGCGACCAUUCAGCAUUAAGCACCAUGAGUGGCCUAUCCAUAUCAGUUAUUAAAAACCCCAAUGUUUUUGAACAGUUGCUUUCUUUUUGUUACACUGGAAGGAUGUCCUUGCAACUGAAGGACGUUGUCAGUUUUCUGACUGCAGCUAGCUUCCUACAGAUGCAGUGUGUCAUUGACAAGUGCACACAGAUACUGGAGAGUAUUCAUUCAAAGAUCAAUGUUGGUGAUGUUGAUUCUGUUACUGUUGGUGCCGAAGAAAAUUCAGAGAAUCGUAAUGGCGUUAAAGACAGCAGCUACUUUGCCAACCCUAUUGAGAUAUCUCCUCCCUAUUGCUCUCAGGUGCGACAGUCAACAGCAGGCAGCGACCUUCGGAUGGAAACUACUCCAGGCAAAACUCUUCGUAGUCGUCUGCAAGAAGAAGGGCAUUCAGACCGAGGCAGCAGCGGGAGUAUCUCUGAAUAUGAGAUUCAGAUUGAAGGUGAUCAUGACCAAGGAGACCUGAUAGUAAGGGAAAGUCAGAUUGCAGAGGUGAAAGUUAAAAUGGAAAAGUCUGACAGACCAAGCUGCUCUGAUAGCUCUUCCCUUGGUGAUGAUGGAUAUCACACUGAAAUGGUGGAUGGAGAGCAGGUGGUCGCAGUAAACGUUGGUUCCUAUGGGUCUGUCUUACAACAUGUUUAUUCAUUUACUCAUGCCUCAUCACAGGCGACAGGUGUGUCAGAAACCUUUGGAAGCAUGAGCAAUACAAGUCCUUCAAGGUCAAUGCUGAGCUGUUUCAGAGGGGGUCGUGCACGCCAAAAACGAGUACCUACAGGUCACUUGCAUAGUGAUGUCCAGGGCUUGGUGCAAGGGGCUGACAGUGAAUCAAUGGUGAGUAAUCCAGGAUAUGAAAAUAGUCCACGGGAAAGAAAUGCAAGAGGUCAUUGGUAUCCAUACAAUGAGAGGCUAAUUUGUAUUUACUGUGGCAAGUCUUUCAACCAGAAAGGGAGCCUUGAUCGACACAUGCGAUUGCACAUGGGAAUAACUCCUUUUGUGUGCAAGUUUUGUGGAAAGAAAUAUACCCGUAAGGACCAACUUGAGUAUCAUAUUCGUGGUCACACAGAUGACAAACCCUUUCGCUGUGAGAUUUGUGGAAAAUGUUUUCCUUUCCAGGGUACACUAAACCAGCACUUGCGAAAAAAUCACCCGGGGGUUACAGAAGUGAGAAACAGGGUUGAGUCUCCAGACAGAACAGAAGCGUUUGGGGAACAGAAAGUAGAUAACGAUGCUUCAGCUUCUGAAGCCAUGGAUUCUAGUAUGGAAAUUCAUGCAAUGUCUAACACAUCUGAUUAAAAUCUUACAUCUAAGUGAAACAGACAAGCACAUUACUAAUGUAUUUUUAAAGUAUUUUAUUCUUUUAGUAAUCUUCAGUACAAGUGUAACAGCCUUUUCAUUUUCCCGACCUUCUGGAAAUCAGUUAGAAAUGGUUUCUGGAGAAGACUUCAGAAGUAUUCUUUGUUUUUGAAAGAGGCUGAAUUGUUUGGGGUUUGUUUUUUUUGUAUUUGAGGACACUCAGAAUAUAAAGACAGUGUACUGGGGAAGGGCUAGGAAGAGUCUGGUCAAAUGUCCCCGCUGAUUGAUCUGGUGAGACGCAAAUGCCAGUGGAGAAAGAUAUUAGAAUAAGAUUGGCAGCUCUGCUGAAUGUUCAAAGAAGCUGUAAUUUCCUUUAUUUCUUAAAUCAUGUUGCUGGUAAUGAGUUACACAGCAGUUGGGAGAGAGAAUAUUACAGCUUUGAUUCCUCUCCUGUCACAGUGAAAUCUGUUCACUCUUACUAACUGGCUUUGGUAGUGAGACUUUAUAUAUAUAAAUUUGCUUUAUAUAUAUAAAAUGCUUUCACUUUCCCUUUUCUGUGUCAAAGCUAAUACCAUAUGCCACUUUAUCAACCGUUAGGACUCCUCUCUGCUUAGGGUUUAGAACUUCGGACUUUGGUAGGAUGGUUUUGAUUUCAAACAAAUGUUGUUUGGUUUUCAUUUUAUUAAACUAUUACUUUGUGUGCAAAAGUGAGCAAAGUGAAUUACUUUGUUUUAAUAGCUUUGCUUUAUAACAUAUGUAAACCAAAUGCCAUAAAUCUAUUAACUAUGGUUAAAUUGUUGAAAGGUUUUGUUAGUUGUCUAGAAUGCAAGCUGGACAACCUGUGGUGCUGACCUUUUUAUAUAUAUAGAGAUAGAUAUAUCUAUAUAUAUAUAGAUAUACACAUAUAUAUAUAUAUCUAUAUAUUAAAAAAAAAAUAUUAGCAAACCUAAAAGUAGCAUUGUGGUCUAAAAUGUGUUUUUACUGGCCUCAGAAUCUACCUUCAUUUUGUACUGUAGAACCGUACCAGGUAAUUAAACUUAACUUCAUCACUCUUCAUGGUUGGUUAAAACAUGAGAGAGAUGUAGUUUAAAUCACAGUAUUUCCGAGCAGUAUUUUAAUAGGUCUCUUCACAGAGAGCUGCUUUCAGGUGCACGUUGGCUUCCUACUUAAAUUUCCGAGUGAUAUGCCAGCACUUGGAAUUUGUACUUUUUUUGUAUAGAAAAACAAAUACUUUAUGGGAAUUUUGAGCAAUAUGUUAUUUCAUGUGUGAGUAUUACAGAGUUGCUAUGGCUUCUCUGUUUUUACAGUGGUUUUUUCUCUAUAAAGAAGCUACCAACAACUUUAAAAAUACUCUAAAUCUUUUUUGUUUCACCAAAUACGUGUUUUUAAUAUGGUGCUAACUUCAUUAUUUAGGUCAGUAUAAUAUAUAACAUGUGAAACAUAAUGGUCAAGGGAAAAAAAUCCCCAAAAACAGACAAACAAAAGCCCCCCUACACAAACCAACUUCCCAAGAUCCCAACCAAACAGAAAAAAAAAAAAAGGAAAAAAAAGGAAAAAAAAAAGAAGAAAGGAAAAAAAAACAAUCCCAUACCACAAAAAACCAAUGGCUUAAAAGACCUCAAAAGCAUGGGCUGGCAAACACUACUGUUUAACAUUCUACCUGAUGAACAGAAUUAAUUAUUAAACUAAUCACAUCAUUCUUUAGAAUACAGGUUUUAUAUUAUUGGGUCCUAUGUUUGUUUAGCUGAUACUGAAAAUCCGUUUGUGAACGUGCUGUUUAACUUACAAAAAUUAGAGAAUAAAAGUGCAUUUCUAAAUUAUUGGAAAGAAAAAGGUAGGUUUGCUAUCUUGUAAAACUUUUUGGCCUCUGUGAAGCUGGGACAUAUUUGUGCAGCGGCUUUAUUAAAUACACUAGUUCUUCAUAUUGUGACACUCUGCAAUAAGAAUUAAUCUCUCAAACAUGGAUUUACAGUAUAACCUCCAGCUGCUCAAUUGGAGCAGUUUCAGUCAAAUUAAGUGCAUCAUUUGCCUCUUUGUCCUAAAGCUGCCUAAAUAAAGAGGCUGGGGGUGGGGAGAUGUUUCUCUCCUUGAAGCAACAACAGAAAUUUUGUUUCCAGUGAGGGAAGGGAUAGUCUGUGUCUAAAGGCAGGUAGUCUGUAUGUUUACUCACCUGAAAACAUGGUGUUUCUGAUACAGUUUUUUCCUUGAGUGUUUGUUUUAAGUAAUUAAAUGCAAAAAGUGUGUUUUGGUAAAUUAAGUUUGAGACAUGCAAAAUCCAAGAAAUGUACAGUUAUUCUUAACCCUUUAUCUUGAACCUGUGCUGUGGUGCCUUUGGUGUGAAUUUUUCCCUGGAAGGAUGACUUGAGGAUAGCAGGAUAUGGGUACAAAUUUAUAUUUCUUGAAUUUCUGUGUCACAAUCUUAGCAUUAUUUAAAUCUAGUUCUUUGUAUUUGUAAAUGUAUGAAAAUGGUUUGAGUUUACCAAAGAGUGACUUAUCCAAAAUUGUCUCAGACAAAAGCAAACAAGAAUACAACAUCAUGUUGAUUGUACAGGUUCAGGUUCAAAACAUUGUAACAGACUGUUAAAGGGCAGGAAAUGAUCAAUUUUUCUACAAGCCGUGGUUCAGCAGUGUGCAAGUCCCUCCCCGCGCGGGCAGCGUUCUUGCCUCCAAGCCAUAGUCCAGCUCUGCGGUCCAGCAGCGCUCCGGGCUCUGCCGGACACCGCCGUUACCCCUGGCCGCAGCACUGCCACUGUGCCUUGUCACAUAGCGGGGUGCCAGGAUCAGCACUGGCACAGACACGAGGCGUGACCACCGGGCAAAGGGUGGAAGCACUGUACAGUGUCUCGUGUCUGUGCAGUUCUUAGCACAGGGCUGUUACACAUUUCAUUUACAGUAAAUGCAGAAGUCAAUAGAAUAUGUGAAGAAAAUAAGUAAUGAAAUUAUACAGGCUGGUUCAUAAUUGAGUCUCUUCUUAAUCUACCUUUUUAAUUCUAGACAAAUGUGAAAACAGUGACAGUGUCCUUUCCUCUAGAUGCUUAACCUAUUCUGACAAACUGUGAAAAUAAAGGAUUUUAUACCUUUGCUAAUGUUUCUGGUUUAAAACUAUUAUUUUAGUUUUCUUUAUCCGUUAUCUCCCAUAUUACUUCUUUUAAACUUGUAAAUACGUUUAGAAAAUAGCUUUGUAAAUACUUACAAGUGUAUUACAAGUUCAGUUUGGUCACUAAAGCGUCAAGAUUGGCUCUGCUUUUUGAGUGUGAAAUCUUUCUGUAGCAUAAAGGAUACUGUCAGUUCACUGUCAGCAGGGUAGACUGUAGGCCUAAAUUUAGAGUUUUAAUGCAGUCUUCUCCAGCAUAAAUACAUGUUUUGUGCUGAAGUCUUUGGUUUACUUUAGACAAAACAAUGAGGCCUCAUAAUGUUUAGGCUGAAUUAUGGGAAGAACGACAGGAAUAAAAUCAAGGGCUGGGAAAAUAUUGAAUAAGCUUUACCUUUAAAUAUAUAUAUAUUAUUUUAAUUUUUGUAUUAGUUUACUGUGAUUCUUUUAUUGUCAUUUUUCUAAACAGGUUUUACAUGAAACCAUUGAAAGGGACUCAAAUAUGCAACACCUAGUCUAUUUUCCAAGGGAACUUUACCCUUGAAUGGUGCUUUUUGACUGGUCAGGGUUAUUUAUUAAAUUUUAUAUUUGAAAGUAUUUGGGGAAUUAUGUAAAUUCUUUAUAUGAAUCUCUUUAUUUCAUGAAUUGUAAAUUUCAUAAUACUCAGUGAUCAAAUUGGAAGUUUAGUAAAGUCAUUCAAAAUGUUCAAACUUUAUAAUCUGUGUGCAUUUUACAUAUGUUUUAUCAAGUGCCAGAAUACUUGUAUUUAAUAUUGUAGAUUUAAUACUACUUGCACAUCCCUGUGGCAGCAUUAACUUAAGUUAUGCAAGUUUACAUAAAAAAAAAAAAAAAAA